UAAGCCAAAAUAUGCGGCAUAAAAUAUCAUUAACAAGUAUUUGCCAUUAUAUACCUAUAAAAAUACAAGGAAUGUGCCUUAAUUCUAUAUCUUGUGCUACUUUAAUGAAAUUCCUAACAUUCUUACUUGUACCAGCCAUUCUUUCUACUUCUUAUUUGCUACUUUCCCAGGCUAUUCACGAGAGAAGACAGCAGUCCUACAAGGCUGUUCUUUUGUAUAAUUUUUUGUAUACCAUAAUACACCUUUUGAUUUCUCUCACAGAAGCCCUGUUUUAUAUUACAGAGUGAUCCUCUUAUACAAAUUGUCAAAUUGUGACCCUCCUCCUCUCCAGUGCAAUGCCCAAAUCCAGUAAUUUCAAGACAUUGGCUGCAGUUACAUGGAUGUUGCUAUAUUAAAGAAGUUAAAAAUAAAUUCUAGGGUUAAACAACUCUACUGCGUAUGAAGCCCAAAUCUGAAGGAUUGUUGAGUAUGGAAGAAGAACAGGUGACAAAUGCAGUUUUAAAUUAUGCCUUAGAAAUCAUCCAUCUGCUGACUGGAGAGGAUUAUAACUUAGUGAAGAAACUUGCUUAUAGUGCCUCGAAUAGCAGCAAUAUUUGGAUGUCAAGAAUUCACAACAUAAAGCAGCAAUUGUCUCUUGAGCACUCAGUCAUCAUAGGCAAACAUGACAGGAAUGGGGAAAACAGACUGGUCUCUCAGAUGAUACUGGAACUUGCCCAAAAGAUAAUUCAGGAGCUGACCAAGCAGGUACCUAUAAAGCAUGAUGAUAUUGCAGUUUAUUUCUCCAUGGAGGAAUGGGAGUAUGUAAAAAGCCACAAAGAACAAUACAACAACAUGACAACAGUGGAUAACCAAGCCCACUGCUCUCAUGUGGUUUGCAGUUACAGUAUACCUUCUUGUAUAAACCCAAAGUCAGAUGAAUAUCACAAUGAGGAAAAUCAGGAGCCCGAUACAGUUAAAAAUAUCACAGGGGACCCCAGUCGAGAUCACAUUCUUGAACAGCAUUCGAUUAUUGUGUGUCAAAUUAAAGAGGAGCCAUUUGACAAUUUUUGUACUCAAGAGCAAAUGGUUGCUGAAAAUAUCCACAAAGAAGACUUUCUGCCCAUGAAUGGGGAUAGAGAUUUGGGAGAGGACAAGGAUCCUGAAGAGAAGUGCAGCACCAAAAAACACAAAAAAUAUAAAGCUAAAUCAUGUCAGUGUAAGGUUUGUGGAAAAUGGUUUUGUGACAAAUCACGCCUUGCAAGGCACCUGAAAAUUCACACAGGCGAGAGACCUUUUCCAUGUAAUGUAUGUGGAAAAACAUUUGCUUGUAAGUCACAUGUCUCUGUCCAUCAAAGAAUUCAUACAGGAGAAAAGCCUUAUACUUGUAUGGAGUGUGGAAGGAAGUUUACCAACAACUCACACCUUGUUCUACACAAAGUGGUUCACACUAGAGAGAAACCAUUCACAUGCCCAAAAUGUGGGAAAGGUUUUACAAGGAACUCAAGUCUUGUCAAACACUUGGGAAUUCAUGCAGAUCAGAAGCCACAUGUAUGUAAGGAAUGUGGGAAGAGCUACUGUCAGUAUGCAAAUUUGGUUGUACACCUGAGAUUGCAUUCAGGGGAGAAGCCUUAUGUGUGCAGGCACUGUGGGAGAGGAUUUAUUUGCAAUGCUAGUAUGGUGAGGCACCAAAGAACACAUAUUGAAGGAAAACCAUAUCAUUGUGUCCAGUGUUCCAAGUCUUUCACAGAUAAUUCUUCUCUUAAUAGACACAAAAAGAUACACAAAGAGGAACUUUAUAUUCAGAAUCAUUUCACUCCAUAAACUGACUAUUCUGAUUUGAUAAGCAGUGUUUAACCUUAAGUUUAACCUCAACUUCUAAAUCCUGGUGGCUUGUUACUUGCUAGUUUUUAGUCAGCUUGCUAUUAGGGAAAGAGAAAGACCUUCAGGAAAAGGAUUUUUGGGGAAUGUAAUCUGUUCUCCACUGGGAGGCACCUUAGCUGGUGACUGGACUGCAAGAACAAUAAUAUAGUUGUGAAAUAAAUACUUUUUUUUGCUGCUGAAACCUUUUAAGGCUAAUAUGAAAUUACAUUUUUCAGACCCACUCCAACCUGUCAGCCAGGUCAAAUGUACAGUCCCUCCUCUUAUUGAUCUGGUAGUACCUUACUGAUAUUAACAGUAAACAUGCAAUGUGUUUGGACUCUUCUACAGCUUAGAAAAAGCAUAAGCAGUGAAACAAAAUGUUUUUUUCACCAACUAUACUAUUGCUUUUGCAGCCCAGUCCCCAUCCAAAGUGCAUACAGAUGGAGGACAGACUACAUUCCCCAGAAUUCCCUUUCCUUCAGCUUCUUGAUCCCCUAGCAGCAUGCUAACUGACAUCAGGAAUAUGCACACCCCCAGCACUAAAAAAUAAGUCAAAAGCCUGCAUUAUGUGAGGUAUCAAAAAGUACAAUAAGAUACUUUAAAAGUGAGAUCUUAUAAUCCACUGGGAUUUUGAAAGUCAAUGUAAUUUUUUGGGAUUGUCAAUGGGAGACUUACUAGUCAAGUACUGGCCUGCAUUAUUGGCUAUUUUGGCUUAAAGGGUGAGCUGUUAACAGCUUACUAAGUCUUGCACUGCGUUCUGUGAAAAUAAAUUGUUAAAAUAAAUUAUCCUAAAUGGUG